GGGAAAUGGAAAAACACGGAACUUAGCAAGUCAAAGUCAACAGACGGUAUAAAAGUCCCUUUGGUUAAUCUCUCGCCCUCCUCUGUUGAGUAAGGAGCUUUUCUUUUCCAUUGUGAAUCAGAGUACAUCCUUGAGAUUUUCCCUCUGAAAUUUCGACGUAGAGUUUUUUUAAAGUGGGAGAUCCUUACUUAAGGCCGACCCAAUUGAACCUGUAUGUGUUUUCAAAAUUAUAUUAUUUGAGUGAGGACUAUUUUUUAGGGCAAAGGAGAAGGCACUGUCUCCUCCUCUGAAGAGACGCAGUUUACUUUGGAGCCGGCGAGCUGCUUGAUUCGUUCAGGAAAGGCGCAAGAGGAGAGGGGCAAGAGGCAGCACCAAGAUCACCCCCCCACCCCGCCUCUGCCAUCUCUCUCCCCCGGCCCACAGUGAUCACCAUGAAACCCGCCGCCUUCCCUUACCUCGGGCUGUUGUGCGCCACUCUCGUCUCAUGUCAGGUCCCGCCAGGAAAAAGGAACUUUAAAUGUGGAGGAGUACGAAGUGGACAGUCAGGUUUCAUCGGAAGUGAGGGAUUCCCUCGACUUUACCCACCCAACAGUAAAUGCACUUGGAAAAUCACGGUACCAAAAGGCCGAGUGGUAGCUCUGAAUUUUCGCUUCCUCGAUCUGGAACGGGACACUCUCUGCAGAUACGAUUACAUUGAUGUCUACAAUGGACAUGUCAAUGGCCAGCGGUUGGGCAGGUUUUGUGGUACUUCAAAACCUGGAGCCAUCAUUUCAACUGGCAACAAGAUGAUGGUACAGAUGGUAACUGAUGCCAACACUGCAGGAAAUGGUUUUGUUGCUAUGUACUCAGCAACUCGGCCAAACCAGAGAAAUGAUCAGUUUUGUGGUGGUCGUUUGGAAAAAUCACCUGGCUCCUUCAAAACACCUAACUGGCCAGACCAUGAUUACCCAGCCGGAGUCUCCUGCUCAUGGCACAUAGUGGCACCCAAACAUCAGAUAAUUGAGUUAAAGUUCGAGAAGUUUGAUGUUGAAAGAGAUAGCUACUGUCGAUAUGAUUAUGUUUCUGUAUUUAAUGGUGGUGAAAAUGAUGAAGCAAAACGAAUUGGAAAAUACUGCGGCGACAGUCCUCCAGCGCCAGUUCUGUCCCAGGAAAAUGAAAUUGUCGUGCAGUUUCUUUCGGAUCUUAGUGUCACCGCUGAUGGAUUUCUGGCUCAUUACAAAUUCCGGUCAAAAAAGUUUCUCAGCACAACAACUUCCCCGGUCACAGCUGCAGUGACAACCACAGUGAAACCUACCAUACCCCCAUGCCAACUGAAGUGUAAAAAAACUGGAACGCUGCGCAGUAAUUACUGUGCUAGUGACUUUGUGUUAACUGGCACAGUUAUAACUGCUAUAACACGCAACGGCAGUAUUCACACCACCAUCUCCGUUAUUAAUAUUUUCAAAGAAGGGAGAAUGGCAAUUCAGCAAGCAGGGAAAAACAUGAGCGUCAAAAUAAUUUCAGUCUGUAAAAAGUGUCCAAUUAUUAAACGAGGACUGAAUUACAUCUUCAUGGGUCACGUAGAUGAAGCAGGCAGAGGUCAAGUGUUUCCUAAUAGCUUUGUCAUACCCUACAGAUCAAAGAACCAAAGGUUUCUGAACAACGUAAAGAACAGACGAUGCUAA